AAUAAUGUCAUUUUAUUCUUUAGAGACUUUAGUUCCUGACUGUUUCAACAAUACAUUACUCUGAUGUAUAUGAACAAAUAUUAGCCUAACCGUAUUUGGUUUUAAAGCAGGUGUCAUAUGACAGUUCUUGAUGCGUCUUUUGUUUAUACAAUUCACUUAAUUGAUGCAGUGUCAAAGAUUAGUGUACUAUAAUGUACUAUAAUACUUACUAUUUAUUAUUACAUCUGUUACAUUAAGUGGAAUGGAGCGAAGUAUUCAUGAAAUGUUGAAAGAUGCUCCAUCUUUAAAUGAUAGCGAUAGUGCAGUUCAUAGUGGAACUCCUCCACCUCAUGUACCAAAUAAUUGUAAUAAUGAAAAUCAACCCAGACCAGCUACAAUAAACUUAACAUUGGGCAGUCCUAUAUCUCAAAUGUCUGUAACAGUAUCUCCAAAUACACCUAUUCAGAAUGGUGAUACGCAGACAAUGCGUACUGCUCAGAGUAAAAUUGAAAGCAUUAAAAAUUGGAGUAUUUCUACUUAUAAGUGUACAAGACAAUUAAUGUAUGAAAAACUUGGGAAAACAUCCCGUACAGUAGAUUCAGAACUUGAAACACAAAUUGAAUUAUUAAGAGAUACUCAAAGAAAGUACUGCAAUGUGUUACGAUUAUCUAGAGCAUUAGCUUCUCAUUUUCAUCAUGUUGUUCAAACGCAACAUGCUUUAGGGGAAGCAUUUUCUGAGUUAGCACAAAAAUCUCCAGAGUUACAAGAAGAGUUUCUAUAUAAUUCAGAAACUCAAAGGAAUUUGACUAAAAAUGGUGAAACAUUAUUAGGGGCCUUAAAUUUUUUUGUUUCUUCAGUAAAUACACUUUGUAAUAAAACUAUUGAAGACACAUUAUUUACAGUACGACAAUAUGAAACAGCAAGAAUAGAAUACGAUGCCUAUAGAACAGAUCUUGAAGCAUUAGCACAAGUAACAAAAAACGAUAGCAGCAAUGCAGCAAGAUUGGAAGCAGCACAGGCAAAUUAUGAAGAGCAUAAGCAAAAUUUUGAAAAACUAAGAUCAGAUGUUUCGAUUAAACUUAAAUUUUUAGAUGAAAAUAGAAUCAAGGUAAUGCAUAAACAAUUAUUAUUAUUCCAUAAUGCAGUAUCUGCUUAUUUUUCUGGAAAUCAAACUGCUCUGGAAGCCACACUGAAGCAAUUUAACAUAAAAGUUAAAUCACCAAAUUCAUCUUUACCAUCGUGGCUUGAACAGUAGUUACAUUAGAAGAAAUGAAUUCAAGUUAUGGGAAACAUGAAUAAAAAAAUACAUUCGUCCAUACGAAUUUCUUCUUGAAAGACAAAGGAAAUGACAAGGUAGAACAACUUUCAAACACUCUUGAAAACGUACUAAAGGACACUGCUGUCAAAUAGUUUGUCAGUUUCAAUAAGUUUUUGAAGAAGAAUAGAUUGUCAUCUAAAAACAGACUGAAUAAUUUCUGAAUUAUGCUUUAAAUAUUGGCCAAUAUUCGUGAUACAUGUCAUAUGUAUCAGUUAAUCUCAAUUAUAUAAUUAAUAAUUAUAUGCAACAGUUAAUAAUAAUGAAUAACUUCUGAUGAAAGAUUUAAUGAAGAUUCUUUUUAUUUGAUAGCAAUGCUUACAAAACUUUAAAGGCAAUAGAUAUUUAAUUUUUAUAUCUGACUUAAAGAAGUUCUAAUGUAAAUACAUAAACUAUGAUGAUAUAUUUAGCUUUGAAUUUUACGGUAUGUACAAAACAGCAUUGAUUCUUUAUUUAUAUUAGCAUCAAUUUAAAUUCGAUAAAUUAAACAAAUUGAGAACUAUAUUAUUUUAAUAUUUCUCAUUUCAUUUUAAAUAAUAAAAAUAUUGACCGAAUUUUAACUUUGAUUCUCUUAUAACUAUUAGGUCAAGAUGUAUUCCUUAUUUACGCACGUUGCUAAAUUUAAUCUAUUUUAAAAGAAAGAGAAUUUGAGUACUUCCAACUACACAGGAUCAAAAAAGAUUACAUCAUAUUUUUAAAAUAUGCGGUGCUAAUUAAAAUGAGCAAAAAAAAUGUUAAUAUUAGACGGUUUAAUUUAAUAAGUGCUGUAUGUUAGUUUGAUACAAUCAUUUUUGGACACUCCAUACAUUAAAUGUUCAAUAUUUCUACACAUUUAUUAUUAUAUGUAGACUGCGGGUUUUUAUGCAUUUUAUAGCAAAUUUAAAAGUGCAAAAUUGAACAGAAUGUAUAUGAUAUGAAGAAGUAUAUAAAAUAUCGUAUAGUGCUCUCUGUGUACUUGUACCUAAAAUAAGAUACUUGUAUUGUUUAAAACAAUUUUCUGCUAAGGUUAUACUCUUUUAAUUAUAUACUGAAAAAUAUGAAUUUGUAUAAAUAUCCGCAGUCUAGUUGUAUGUAUAUAUUGGCUUCAUUUAUAACUUUUUUUAUGUAACAGUCAAUUGUUUUGAUAAAAAUAGGAAUAAGUCACAUGCUUAUGAUUAGCCUAAUCAUAUUUUUAAAUUAAUGGUACUUCCUUUGUGCUAUUAAUAUUUAUACAAAGAUGCUUGUAACUAAGUUUACUUAAUUUUACUUUUUUUUCAAAUUAUGUUAUAUACAUUUUUACAAAAUAAAUAAUUUUUAUUUUGUUAUUAAAUAUAUUAUCAUAACACAGAAGAUAAUAUGUAAUUAUAAUAUCUAACUUUUAAAAAACUUUUGAGUAUUUUAAUAUAGAAAAUAUAAGUUUAUUUACAUUUUUUUAUAUAUACCACAGUAUUGGUUUACUAAAAAAGAGAAUCAAUUUUGAUUAAUGUGUGAAAAGGAAAAUAUUUAACUGUUGCAAAACAGGUUCAAACUAGUCAUAUUUUAUAAGUGAAUAUUUAAAAAUUAAAUGGCUUGUGUAAAAUUAUAAUUUUAUAUACUUUCAUACACAUUGACAUUAUGUAUACAAAUAUUUCUUUUAAAGCAGCACUAUUGUGUAUACUGAAACGUUAUGAAUUAUUACGCUUCAUAAAUAGAAAAAUUUUUAGUAUAGAUAUAAUAAAUGUAUGUACAUUGUCAUUAUUGUUUGUUGCUUAUACUUAAAGUUUACAGUAACAUUAAUAGUAACUUAAACCAUAAAAGUGAAGCUAGUUAUAUUAUGACAUCAUCAAUGAGUCUUAUCAUGUUUUAAACUAACUCUUCCAAUGUGAUCAUAAUAUAAAUUUUCAAGUACACAUAUAAUAAUGUGUAUGAGUGAAUUGUAUAUCAAAUAAAUGUACAAUUCACUUUCCAAAUUUUUGCGAAUUAUCAUCAUUAUACAUCUACAUUUAUGUAUAAAGCAAAAAUUAUGAUUCAUACUGUAAUAAUAACAUUUUAUUUUUUUACAUAAUGCAAAUUGACUUAAUAUAUAAUUUCUGAAAAUUAUUAUAUCUUUUUAUCAUGAAUCUAUAGAAAAUACAUUCCAUUAUUUAACAGGUUUUUUAGGAAUGUUUAGACCAACAAAAGCAAAUACUGUAAUUAAACAAAAAUAAAAUCUUAUAUUUAUUAAGUAGAAAUAAGAACGAGAAGUUACACAGAAUAACUUGAAAUAUCCAGUUGAAGCACUUUUUAAGUUAUGAAAUGUAUUGUAGCUACUAUAUUAUGUUCCUAAUCAUGAUGUUAUUGUGUGUAUAUUAUGUGUAUACAAACUCCAAACAAUAAAUGAAUGCUUAUAUA